UGGCCCUUUUGGGGUCGCGCGCGCUGAGGAGGCUGAAGGAGGCGCGCGCUCGUGUCACAUUCUUCAGAUGAUCCGCUAAUCAGCAGAAACACACACACACACACAGUCGGCGACAGACAGCAGUGGACACAAGCAUGCUGACUGAAGAUGGACGUUCCUGAAUAUCUGGAUCUGGAUGAGAUUGACUUCACUGAUGAUUUACCUUACUCAUCUAAGAGCAUUCCUGAACUGUGCCGGAGACAUGAUGGACAGAACGACGAGAGACAAGCUCUGGCCAUUAACUGGCCUCGUAGUGCGGCGUCUCACAGCGGUGCAGGACUCAAACCCACCGGUAUCGCAGACGUCUACAGUAAAUUCCGUCCUGUUAAACGCGUCUCUCCACUCAAACACCAGCCGGAGGAGACGCAGACACAGACGGAGACUGAAGGGAAGAGCUCAGAGACGGACACACCAAGCGGGAAAGAGGAGCCCAGCAAGAGCAGAGGCCUCAUCAACCAGGCCCUGUUUGGGGAACUAGAGCACUACGACCUGGACAUGGACGAGAUCCUGGACGUGCCCUACAUCAAGUGCACUCAGCAGGCGGCGACGCUGCCUCGAGCGCCCUCUGCAGGGAACACACACACACUGGUGCACUCUGAGAGCCUGAGCAGCGGGACGCAGUUCUGUGUGCUGUCGCCCGUCAUGAGGAAGUCGAAAUCUGCAGAUCUCCGAGCGCAGAGUCUCGGGUUCGAGAACACACACGAGCAGAUCCCGGACAGCAAAACCGGCGCUGACGGCGGACACGCAUCCAGAAAACAAGCCAGAGGAGCGUCUCGAGAAGUGGACGAGGAGGCCAAGAAGAGCCAAAACAUCCUGAAUAUCGUGAGAGAUGGACAGAUCUCUCUGCUGCCUCACUUUGCGGCGGAGAAUCUGGAGCUGAUCAGAGACGAGGACGGGAAUAAUCUUCUGCACGUGUCUGCGGCUCAGGGACACACAGACUGUCUGCAGCACCUGACGUCUCUCAUGGGCGAAGACUGCCUGAACGAACGCAAUAAACAGCAGCUCACGCCUGCAGGACUCAGCGUACGGAACGGUCAUCUGGAGUGUGUGCGCUGGAUGGUGAGCGAGACGGAGGCCAUCGCGGAGCUUAGCUGUACCCGAGAACACCCGAGCCUCAUUCAUUACGCUGCUCGAUACGGUCAGGAGCGUGUGCUGCUGUGGCUGCUGCAGUUUAUGCAGGAGCAGGCCAUCUCUCUGGACGAGCAGGAUCAGAACGGGAACUCUGCGGUUCAUGUCGCCGCUCAGUUCGGUCAUCUGGGCUGCCUUCAGACUCUGGUGGAGUACGGCUCUAAUGUGACGGUGCAGAAUCAGCAGUGUGAGCGCGCGUCUCAGUGUGCGGAGCGUCAGGGUCACACCACCUGCUCCAGGUACCUGGUGGUGGUGGAGACCUGCAUGUCUCUGGCCUCGCAGGUGGUCAAACUCACCAAACAGCUGCACGAGCAGACCACGGCGCGGGUGGCUCUACAGAAUCAGCUUCAGCUUCUGUUGCAGACACAAGAGCCUAACGGCAGACCACCAUCUCCCAGCUGUCGUGUUCCUCCGUCAGACUCGUGGCCUGAAAUGACCCUGACAGCAGAAGUGGCUCCUGAAAACGGCCAGUGGGUCCUGAAGCAGAAACACACGGAGACAGACGGAGUCAUGCGGAAACUGCUGGCGAAAGAUGCAGCAGAGCGAACCCAUCCCAGAGACACCCACGAUGCAGGGGCGGAGUCAGGGGCGGGGCCAGGGGCUGGACCAAUGAAACGGCUGGGAGUGGGGGAGAGGCGGGAACUCAAGCUGGCGCGUCUGAAGCAGAUCAUGCAGCGUUCGCUCAGUGAGUCUGACGGAGACGUCUAUCCUCCAGACGAGACCAAACACAUGUCCAGACCCACACAACUGCCCAUCCCCGAGGCUGAGGAGCCCAAAAACACACACUCCUCCAGCGAACGCAAGCUCUCCUUCACACACAGGACUUCCAAAUCUGUGGACGCCUGUAACCCGUCUCCAUCAUCAGACCAGAGCGAUCCUGAAACCAGAACAGAAGCGGGAGAUAAAGUCACCACCAGUCCUAAAAGUGCGCUCAAAUCUCCGUCCUCCCGCAGGAAAACCUCGCAGAAUCUGAAGCUGAGAGUCACGUUUGAUGAGCCGCCGCGGAAAGACGGAGCCGCUGGCGACACUAAAGCCCCGUCCACUAAAGAAAAGAGACCCUUCGGUGCGUUUCGCUCUAUAAUGGAGACGCUGAGCGGAAACCAGAACAACAACAACAGCAACAGCAGCAGCAGCAAUGCUCAGAGUCCUGGAAAACACACCGGGAAGAAGAGCAAGAGCAAGACGAGCGCUGUGUAGAGCAGCCGAUGACUGUCAGAGCCCUGGGUUAAGGGUUAGUUCACACUAAAAUGACAAUAUCCUGCUCAUUUACUCACCCACAGCUCAUCAGAGAUGCACACUGUAGGUAAUGAACAGCUUCUGUGUUUAUUAGCGGUGGUGAACUGCAUUAUGGGAUGUUGAUCUCUGCUCUGUCCACUUCUGAUGUUGAAUAUUAAACUCUACAGUUUAAUAAAGA